AUGUCAGACGCUAUCAAACAGACAUUUGCGCGAUGCAAAGCUGAGAGUCGUCCUACCUUUGUGACCUUCGUGACCGCUGGAUACCCUACAGUGGAAGAGUCCGUCGAUAUCAUACUGGGAUUGGAAGCUGGUGGUGCAGAUAUUAUUGAGCUGGGCGUUCCCUUCACAGACCCUUUCGCAGAUGGACCGACCAUCCAGAGCGCAAACAAUAAAGCGCUAGCGAACAAUGUCACCAUAGAGACUACUCUGCAGUUGGUCAGAGAAUCUCGCAAGAAAGGUCUCAGAGCACCGAUUCUAUUGAUGGGAUACUACAACCCCCUCCUGAGCUACGGCGAAGAGCGAUUGUUGAAUGAUUGUCGCCAGGCGGGUGUGAAUGGCUUUAUUGUGGUGGAUCUUCCACCGCACGAAGCUGUCAAGUUCAGAAACUACUGCACCAAGGGCGGGUUGUCAUACGUACCUCUUCUUGCACCUUCCACCACUGAGAGCCGACUGAAGCUACUCUGCAAGCUUGCCGACUCAUUUGCCUAUGUGGUCUCCCGUAUGGGCGUCACAGGUGCAACCGGAAGUCUAAGCUCAGGACUUCCGGACUUAUUGGCUCGCAUUAAGCUCUAUUCCGGCAAUGUCCCCGUAGCAGUUGGGUUUGGUGUCAGCACAAGAGAGCACUUCAUGAGUGUCGCAAACAUUGCAGAUGGCGUCGUCAUUGGCAGUCAAAUCAUCACAACCCUGACUGAUGCUGCACCUGGCGAGCGGGCCAAAGCUGCUGAGCAGUACUGCUCCAUGAUAUGUGGGAGAAAGAACCCGCAAUCGAACCAAUACCAAGCAGUAGGUGAUGCCGUGCAAAUCGACGAGAUCAGUCAGAUGAAUGGGGCUCAAGAGCAACACAACCGCGUCCACCUGAAUGGGACGGGCCAGGGGAAUGAACUCCAAAAUUCAAAGAUCAUCAUACGGACAGAUGAUCAGCUUGGCGCAGCUGACAAAAAAGCGGAACUAAUCGACAAGAUGGAGGCAAUGAUUGAAUCGGAAGGUGGAGAUCCUGAACUCUUCUCGGCACGGUUCGGGGAGUUUGGAGGCUCAUACGCCCCGGAAUCACUGAUGAGAUGCCUUUCGGAACUAGAAGCAGGAUUCGAUAAAAUUCGAAAUGACCCCGAGUUCUGGGCUGAACUGCGAUCUUACUACCCUUAUAUCGGAAGACCUGGACAUCUCCAUCUGGCAGAUCGCCUCACUGAACACGUUGGAGGGGCCAACAUUUGGUUGAAGCGUGAGGACUUGAAUCAUACCGGAAGCCACAAAAUAAACAGUGCUCUAGGCCAGAUUCUGCUUGCCCGUCGCUUGGGCAAAACCGAGAUCAUUGCCCAAACCGGCGCUGGCAUGCAUGGCGUAGCAACAGCUACAGUCUGCGCGAAAUUCAACAUGAAGUGUACCAUCUUCAUGGGAGCAGAAGAUGUCAGAAGACAGGCACUCAACGUGUUCCGUAUCAAGUUACUUGGUGCCGAGGUCAUUCCCGUAGAGCAAGGCUCGCGAACUCUUCGAGAUGCCGUCAACGAAAGUUUCCGAGUCUGGAUUACGAGGGUAGAUACAGCAUACCACAUCAUCGGUUCUGCGAUCGGACCACACCCUUUCCCAACAAUUGUGCGUGAGUUUCAAACCGUCCUUGGCGAGGAGACCAAGGCCCAGAUGCAGGAACUUAGGAACAAGCUGCCAGAUGCAGUUGUUGCCUGCAUUGGUGGAGGGAGCAAUGCCAUUGGAAUGUUCUACCCUUUCAUUGAUUACCCAACAGUGAAGCUAUUGGGACUCGAGGCUGGCGGUGAUGGUCUAGAUACGAAGAAGCAUGCUGCCAGUCUGACUGGUGGCAGCAAGGGGGUCUUGCAUGGAAGCAGGACAUAUGUGCUGCAGGAUCAGCAUGGCCAGAUCCAAGAUACUCACUCCAUCUCAGCCGGCCUGGAUUAUGCUGGUGUUGGACCGGAAUUGAGUUGCUGGAAGGACUCGGGACGUGCAGAAUUUGCCGCCGUGACCGAUGCUCAAGCUCUCCUUGGAUUCAAGCUGCUCAGUGAGCUAGAAGGAAUCAUUCCCGCUCUUGAGUCUGCUCAUGCUAUAUAUGGUGGCGUUGAGCUGGCCAAAAAGAUGAAGAAGGACCAGGAUAUUGUGAUAUGUGUUAGUGGAAGAGGUGACAAAGAUGUACAAAGCGUUGCAGACGAAUUGCCCAGACUUGGGCCUCAAAUUGGAUGGGACUUGAGGUUUUAA